CUUAUAAUAAGGGUCCACUGACUCCACUCGCUGCAGUCCUUUACCAAUUCCAACCCCAUCUCUCUCCCUUUUUCUUCUCCAUGGCUCUGCCUCUCAAACCCCUUUUCUUCUUCUCCUUCGUUUCUCUCGUCUCGGGCUCUUAUUCUCUGCUCCUUCCUGUCACCAAAGAUGCUGCCACACUCCAGUACGUGACCCAGAUUCAUCACGGCACUCCACUUGUUCCCAUCAAGCUUGUGCUCGACCUCGGGGCUCCCUUUUUAUGGCUUGAUUGCAGUUCAGGCCAUGUCUCAUCCUCUAAUACCCCAAUCCUGUGUGGUUCGAUUCAAUGCUUAACUGCAAAGACCAGUGAUUCUGGGCAUGGGGGUGGAACCUCCACAUGUCGUCUCUCCCCGAAAAACACCAUCACAGGACUGGCCGAAGCAGGAGAGCUAGCAGAGGACAUGGUAGCUGUGGAGGGGUCAGAGAUGGGUUCUCGCUUCCUUUUCUCUUGUGCCCCCAAGCCCCUCUUAAAAGGCCUGGCAAGUGGCACCGUCGGAAUGUUGGGCCUCGGGAGGACUAGAAUUGCACUGCCGUCACAGCUCGCCGCAUCGGUCGGCCUCCACCGGAAAUUCGCAGUCUGUCUUUCAUCAUCCGAAGGCACCGUAUUUUUGGAGAACGAAAUUGCCGGAACAGACGUCUCAAAGUCGCUCAUGUACACGCCCCUCCUCCCGGGUCAGGAUCCCAAUUCCGAAGGCUAUUUCAUCAGUGUGAAAUCAAUCAGGAUAAACGGCAGGGGAGUCUCUCUUGGGACAAUCACCGGAGGGACUAGGCUAAGCACAGUGGUUCCUUAUACAACCAUGAAGAGAUCAGUCUACGACAUAUUUACUAAGGCUUACAUCAAGGCUGCUGCUUCCAUGAACAUAACCAGGGUGGAAUCCAUGGCACCUUUCGGGGUCUGCUUCAGGUCCGAAUCCUCCGAGCCCGCUGUGCCCACCAUUGAUCUUGUGCUUCAGAGUGAGAUGGUGAAGUGGAGGAUACUGGGGAGGAAUUCCAUGGUGCGGGUAAGCGAUAAAGUUAUGUGCUUGGGAUUCUUGGAUGGAGGUGUUGACCCAGGUACAGCAAUCGUAAUAGGGGGUCAUCAACUGGAGGACAAUCUUCUAGAGUUUGAUCUCAGUACUUCUAUGCUGGGUUUUAGUUCAUCACUGUCCACUAGGGAAAGUAGCUGUUCUGAACUGAAAUUGAAUUCCAUAUUUAAAGGGUCUCUGUAAAUUUGUAAGUCCAGAGCCUGAUAGAGGGAGAGAAGAAAUUUAAAGAUAGAUUUCUCCA